GCAAAGUCUGCUAACAAACGAAAUUGCAAAUUUACAUACCAAUCUGCAAACCUGGCAUCAGUGGUUCUGACGCUCAUUAUUUCGCAAUCCUGCGACGAUUCCGUCGCAUUCUAUGUCAAGCUGAAAACCACUAUACAUUGUGCACAAAUAAAAUAACUAAACUUUAGCAACAUGUCUCAUUUUGAUGCUCUUUUCGGAAACACUGACGAGUUUGGCAAUGAGAAUGACGGUGAAAUUCUGUCCGACGAUGGUGGUCCUCCGGAAGUGGAGCAAGAUGGUACUGAUGAUGUCGGUGUACAGGUAAAAGUCGAAUCAAAAAAACGCACUAUUCGAAAUCCUCGACUUGUGCUAAAUGUUCAACGAUUGUGUGGCCCUAGAGGAAUUGUUGAUAUGGAGAGCUAUUUCAAAGGAAUUAAGCUGCAUGGAAAAGGACACGAACCAGAUGAUUUGGAUGCAAUUAUGAAACGAAUGCAACACUGGGCUCAUCGAAUGUUUCCCAAAUAUGGUUUGGAUGAUACUUUAGCUAAGAUCGAAAUUUUGGGUCGUAAAAAACAGAUGCAAUCCUACAUGAAUAAAUAUCGAAUGAAUUUACUCGAACCUGAAAUAACUGAUACAGAUGAUGGAAAGGAUGAAGAUGGUUUGACUUAUGAAUCUAACGUAAUGGAUCAACCGUUAGAUCCAUUGGACAGUAUGCUGGAAGAACAAAUAGCGAUAUCACGAGCAGCUAAUUUGAACACAUCGGGAAUAGAAAACUUGUCAGUAUCGGAAAGAAAUUUUGAUUCAAUGCGAAACGACACUAUAGAAUCAACAGCACCAUCUUACCCGUUGGACACUGAGAAAAACAGGGCACCAGAACUUUCAGAGGAAAUUCGUGCCAGGAUAACAGCUAAUCGAUUGAAAGCGUUAGAAAUUCGCAGGACAAAAAUGGUAAUAGAUUCUCAAAAGGUGGUUGUCGAGACACCUAGUACAUAAGAUUAUUUUUCUUUCAAAGAUUAAAUUUUUUGACAUCCAAA